CCCAGCCCUCAGAUCUCUAUAGCAAAUGAAGGCCAUUACAAAAUGACCUGCAGGCAGACAUAAUAUUACGGUGGGUAGGCAGCCCUGGCUAACUUACAAAUCCGGAAGCCAGGGGCAAAAAAAUCCCUCAAGCAAGCGGGGGGGGGGCAAUGGAUAGGGCUUAAACACUACCAAUUCAUGUCUCUCCCCAACACCACUUUAUAGUGGAACCUCCUUGGUCCUUCCCCAACCCCAUUCCUCAUCCAAUGCCUACCCUUUAAGGAAACCACCCCUGCUUCUGAGCACCCAUAAUCUGAUUCUCCAGAAGAAGAUUAAGCCCAACUCUUGCAGUCCUGAAUUGGCCAAGCUGCUCUAUCUAUCCACUACAGUGGUACCUCGGGUUAAGUACUUAAUUCGUUCCGGAAGUCCGUUCUUAACCUGAAACUGUUCUUAACCUGAAGCACUACUUUAGCUAAUGGGCCUCCUGCUGCUGCUGCGCUGCCGAGCACGAUUUCUGUUCUCAUCUUGAAGCAAAGUUCUUAACCCGAGGUAAUAUUUCUGGGUUAGCGGAAUCUGUAACCUGAAGCAUAUGUAACCCGAGGUACCACUGUAUUCUUUAGUGCCCCCAAAUCCAAAUACAGUGGUACCUCAGGUUACAUACGCUUCAGGUUAUAUACGUUUCAGGUUACAUAAUCUGCUAACCCAGAAAUAGUACCUCAGGUUAAGAACUUUGCUUCAGGAUGAGAACAGAAAUCGUACAGCGGCGGCGCAGCGACAGCAGGAGGCCCCAUUAGCUAAAGUGGUGCUUCAGGUUAAGAACAGUAACAGGUUAAGUACGGACCUCCGGAAUGAAUUAAGUACUUAACCUGAGGCACCACUGUACGACCCUUCCUCUAAACCUGUGCUUCCCAGACUUGGGUCUCCAGCUGCUGUUGUUUUUUGACUACAACUCCCAUCAUCCCUAGCUAGCAAGUCAGGGAGGGUGGGAAUUGUAGUCCAAAAGCAAAUGGAGACCCAAGUUUGGGAAACACUGGGAGUCUAAACCAAGAGCCCUCCCAAGACACAGGUCUUCCCUGAGGGAACCUCUUUAGCCUUCACAGCAGGAUUUGCAGAACUUGACAAGCCACUGAAACAACUUACAUAGAAACCUUCCCAAGUUCCUGCCAUAACAUUUUAGCGCGUGUGUGUGUAAACUCUGAAUUCUCAGGGCUCCCUUUCACACACACACACCCUUUAACCGCCACCCGUCACUUUCCAAGAUGAAUUCCCUCCUGGCCCCCUGCUCCCCCCGUCCUGACCUUUUUGAAGCCUUUCGCGCCUUCUUCCCUCUUCUCCAUUUCAAAGAGGACCCGCCCUCUUGACUCUCCUCCUCAAUCACUGGCCAGAGGAGGCGCCGGAAGUCCUGAGGGCUCAAGGCAUCGCGCAAUGCAUGCUGGAACAUGUAGUCGGUCUGAAGUCGGCUCCCGCUCGCGAGUUCCUCCCACUUCCGGUGGCAGAAGAGGCCUCCUUGGCCGAGCAUUGUGGGAGUUGUAGUUGACUCUUCCCUCCAUCUCUUGCGUUGUGCUCUCUUGACUCAGUAAGUAAUCCAAGGUAGAGACCUGAACGGGAAGCCUUGUUUUGCAGGGGCGGUGGAGCCCGGCCUGGGGACCUGGGGGUAGGCCAGGAUCUGAAGGCAAAGCGAGAUAAGAGGGAGAAAAUAGGCGGUGUAAGAGCCGCAGCUCGAGUAAGUUCAGACAGGAAGGGUGGUUUUCUUGCUCAUUUGGUAGUGGAAAUGGUAUUUUUGCCCUCAUUGCCACGUGCGCCUGCUCCUGUGCUCCACUGCUAUAGCUGAUUCUGCUCACAUCUCUACUGCUCGUAGUAACCAUGUUCAGAAUAAACUAGUAGCUAGUAGGAUAGAUUGCAAAUGCAUUUUCCACCAGCCCUACAGGAUCAUAAUUCUAAAGCCUUUACUUGGAAUUAAAUUUCUAUCAGUAGGAAUUACUUUUAAAAAAAUAAUUACAUCCCAUUAAGUUCAGUAGGACUUCCUCUCUUGUACAUUUGUGCAAUCAAAGACUGCGACUUAGUCACACCGAAUUCGGUGGGAUUUACUAAGUAAACAUUUAUAGGACUGGAUCACACAGUUGCAGUUCCUGAGCUUGCUUAGCUCCCUGGAAGUAGUUCUGUAUCCAAAAGGUUUAGGGCCAGGCCGUUAGGCUGCCUUCCUAAGAGAACUUAAGUCAUUGAAAGUCUGAUUGAAUUUAAUGCAUCUUACCUCUGAGUAAACUUGGCUAGGACCAAGCUUUAAGUCCACAUACUAGGCACUGGAGCUACUGACACUGAAAUAGUGCAAAAAUGCUUCUAUACAACUAUUGUCACCAUCUCUUAAUAACUUCGUGCCAACUGUAUGAUGGGUGCUAGAAAAUACACAAAUAAAGUUGUUUUAUUUCUCAGGGUAAUUCUAGUCAGAACCUUCCUUGGCAUGGACACAGCUGACGGGCUGAGAAACAAAUAGUGGGUACAGAGCAAGGAAAUGUGAUGGCAUACACUUUCUCUAAAUUCCACUAGGGCAGGCAAGGUCUAGCUUUCCCUAGGGGCAAUGCCAGUGUUGGCUGGGACCAGAGGCAAAUGCAGACAGAGCAAUGAAUAUAAAUGUUAUUUUGUACAGUAGGCUAUUUUCUACUCAAACACACACAAAAUACCCCUAUUGUUCUCCAUUCAGACUAGUAGGAAUCAUCAUCAGAGUUCAAUGACAUAUUCCAACCAGGCAAAAACACUCAAAGGGAAUGUGAAGCAAGGCCUUUAGUUUGGUGAGGAGCACUACAGUUCCCAGGAUGAUUGGGGGGGUGGGGGGAGUCAUGUGCUUUUAAUGUAUAGUGUGGAUCUGACUGGUUGAUACACUUUGCCACCUCUUCCCACAAUUCAGCAACUAUUCAACAUUCCCAGUGCUCAUCUUCCUAAUGGCUUCCUUGUCUCCAUGCUUUCAAUAGAGAGCAGCAAUUCUUCCUUUUGUAAAACUUUCAAAUAGAGUGUGAUGUAUGCAGAAUCUGCUGCUGAUUCAGCCUUUUAAUUUUAAAUCCACACUGAUCAGAACUUUCACUUCUCUUUUUCUUCUAUCCUACUCUUCUGUUCAUUUGAUUUUCUCUUCUUUUUUGUCUACUGAGGCAUGAAUGGGUAUGAAAGUGUGGCUGAAUGUAUACAAUUAGAAUAUUCACAACACGUUUUUUAAAACUGCAAGACAGUGUUGGAGGGAAGGUGUAGGGAGAGAAUGGGUGAGGCGAGGUAAGAAUACAUAUAUGAAACUCUUUCAACCAAUUUCUUAUUGCUUUACAUAUUUUUCUUACAAUUAAGACUAUGUAAACUUUUAAAAAGCCAAGUGAGUCUAGUUUUGUUCAGGGGAAGUCUCUGCAGAUUUCAGAACCAAUGUAAUUUGACGUUUCACACUGUGACUUGUAGACACAAGAAUUAACUGCCUCUAUUGAAAAGAACUAUGCUUGACAGUGUGAGGUGAUACAUAAUGCUUGAAAUGUGAUAGUGGUUACUUUUGCUGCAGUCACUGAGUGGUUAACAUGUAUGUGUGAACUCAUCCUGAGACUGAACUGUUACUGUGAACUAAUUUACAAGUAAGUGGAUUGUUCUCACAUAAACAUAAAGUGUCUAAUUCUCAUCCCUGAUGGCACACUGUAGUGUCAUAUUGUGCCUCACAUCUCUAAAACAGUUUCUCACAGAAAACAUGUGUGAUUCCAAGGCAAAUCUCCAGGGAUGGAGAUAACAACUUGGCAUCUUUGUGUGAAAGGCUGGCUUCAUCCUUCCCAGUUAAAUUAAUGCAUUAAUUUGAUAACACGCACACAAAAAUAAACAAGUUUUCCCGAAGUCCUGUAUUCUGCAGAAUGUGCACCCCAGAUUUCAGCAUCUUACAUUUCCACAGAAUAUGAGAGACUAGCCAGACUUGCAUUUUGAUUCUGGCUAAUCUCUCACAUUCAGGAAUCUUGUAGAACAGCCACACUAUAUAUUUAUUUUUAAAGGGUUCUCUUACACCACACGAAGACCACAGGUGCCUCUUAUUUUAGAGAAUGGCUGUCCCAUAAAACAGGCACUGAAGGUCUCUCGAGUCCUUUUAAACAUGCUUAAUCUGCCAACUCUAGUUCUUGUUAAGUUGCCUUCAUUACUUCAGAAACUUAACCUAAAACUCUUUAUCAGAUUCUAAUUUGAUUUCAUAUGUAUCAUUAUAUGUGUGUUUACCCUGUGUGUUUAAAACAAGAACUCCUUCGCAGAAGGAAUGUCCGUAAGAAAGUCAAAUAUUACUUCUAAACUACAACUCCCAGCAUGCCUUCCUAAAUAAUAGGAUUUGGCAGAGGAAGAAUUUAACUACAUUACCCAUCAUGCUCCGUUUCCCUUGGUUACAUAGGCUGGCGCUGGCAGUUGAAGGGUGAGGCUGUAUUUCUAGCAACCCUCAGUGAGUGUUUGGAAACCUGACUGCUUUGUCUCGGGGUAAAGUUGGCUAGGCUGGUGCCAUUCCUAGUGCCCUUAUGUGGGGUUUUCUUUAAAUCUUAAAAGCAUGAUUACCUUAGAGAAAGCACUCAGCAGCAUGUAUCAGGGUGGUAAUAUCUGACUGUUGCUGUCCCCCAGGCUACCCUCGGCUGCCAUUUCAUACCGGGACCCCUCUUAAUUCCUCAUCUACGUGGAGGGGCAUGAGUGACACUGAUGCCUGCCACAGAGAUGGAUGACUUCCGACGGUCCUACGUUAGGCUGUGCAAGGAGAGCGGUGCUGAACCCCAGGAAAGUAUCCUUCAGCACUUGGAGGAAGCCUCAGGGAAAAGCCGCUUGGAUUUAGCUACACACACCCUUUCUGUGGAAACCUGCGGGGUCCUGGGCAAGCUCUUGCAGGAUGAACUCCAGUUUACCGAGAUCACGCUGAGCAAUUGUAUGCUGAGUGAAGAAGGUGGGGCUCUGUUUGUUCAUAAGGCAAUUCUUGAUUUCUGUCCUUUCCUGAGAAUAGACCGUAAAAGUCAAAGUCCGUGGCCUCUUUUCCUCAUGGCCUCUCACCCAUCCUUCAGUUGCUGAUGUGGCUUUGUCACCCAUAUAUUUUCGUUGCGUUGUACAAGUGGGAAUUUCUUCUCCUCGUAAAAGGGGUUUCCAGUAUCACUUGGGAAGGAAUAAAACAAAAGAUUACAAGUUGCCAUGGGAGGCCCAGGGGAAAAAAGGGCUUGGAAUACUUGCAGGUGGCAAUUGCCGUAAGGGGAUUUGGUCACUAUUCAGAACCAUGAUGGCUCUAUGAGGGGUACAUUUGAAAUCCCAUCAAGAGUCAAACAAUGAUGUGUGAAGUGAUGUAAAAUUGAUUUUUGCAGAAAGUGGAUUUUCCUCAGUGCCACAGCAGGGGAGGAAAGGGUUAAACCCCCCCCCCCAUGCUUGCUAAUUACCAGCCACCCAGGCUGGGGCAUUUUUUCCAUAAUGUGAAGACAGCAUUUAACAGACUAAGCCCCAGAAAAUAUUACACUGAAACAGAAUUUUCCCAGUUCCCAAAUAACAUGUUGUUAACAGAGCCUCUUACACAGGGCCAGGCAUACACUGCAAUUUCUGUGGUUGCACUAUGUAAUAAUUGGCAGUGGGGCCAGAAUACAGCAUUCUGAGAAUACAGGCUUAUUCCUAACCCUAAAACAUGGGUGAAAAGCUUGUUGCCCUCCAGAUGCACUUGUUGCACUCUCUGAUCGCUGGUCAUAUGGGCUGGUGCUGAUGAAAGUCAUAGUCCAAAACAUUCAGAAGGCACAAGCUUGAGGGAGACUGCCUUAAAGUAUUCAGGUAAAAUAACAGGAGCUGUAAGGCAAUUAGAGAAGGCCAAUGGCCUCUCUAGAAUUGCCCCAUUUUUCCUUUUUUGACAGAAGGUGUGCCUUUUGGGACUGCCUUCUGCAAUAUGGAUGGGAAACAUCCAGGGGUCAAAUGCAGCACUUUAUCUGCCUCUCAAGGCUUCUUCCCACCCCCUCCCCCAGACACCUCUCCCUUGCAGACCUCCAAGUGUGGGUCCAUUUAGUGUGGGCAUUCCAUUAAGUCCUUGAGCCUAGAGCCAGUAGCAAAGCUUUGGAUUGGGCCUGAUGGCUCACAACAUGCAUAAGAUGGUGCUUUAAAUGAGUUAUGCCUCCCCUUUGAAACAGCUUUUCCAGGCUAGAGUUAUAGGCAACACAUAAUCCCAGAGGAAGACCUUUUGGCACCCAUUAGAGCAGGGAUAGCCAACAUAGUGUGUUCUAGAUAUUUUGGACUACAACUCAUCCAUCGUCCGUGACCGUUGGCCAUACUGGCUGAGGCUGAUGGAAAUUGUCCACAGCAUAUAGAGGGCAUCUGUUUGGCCACUCCUGUGUUAGAAUCAUAGCAAGAAGUUGCUGACUACAGAGCUUGCCUGACUGAAACAAAUACCUGCUGACUCUUGCUGCUCAUACCCAGGGGUUGAGAGGCCAGACCUUCAGUACAAAAAGGAAUUAACUGCUCUUUCCUUUUUUCCUUACAGGGGCUAAGCUACUACUUCAUGGACUUUGUUCCAACACUGUUGUGAAAUCCUUGGAUCUGAAGGUGAGUCGGUUCCACUUCCAAGUAGUGGGGUCCAGAAAUGACUACAAUGCAACUUUGGAAUUUUGAGAAUCCCAGCUAUUUUUAAAGGCUGAAUUCCUCUUCUUCACGGUUGCAGAGGUACAGUUUAAAUGUAAAGGCAGGAAUUCAGAAUCAUAAGUCCCAGUUAAUUGCUUUAAACUCAUACAGGUUCUGUGCAUAUGGUUUUGCAUCCCAGUCCUAAACACAUGUGGAACAAAGCACCAAUAAUAAACAGCUAGCUCCUCAUUACCCCCCCCCCACAAGCCAAGAGAGACAAAUAUUUUGCUUAAGUUGCAGCAUAUGAUUAGCCCAGACCUCAAAUGUAAACAGCGUGUGUCUAUGUUGCUAGUACAGACUCUCUUUUUUGCAGUUUAAACGCCAUGGCUUUCUGCCCAAAGGAAUCUUGGAGUCUAUUUAUGUACUUACUAAAUUUCACCCUGCUUUUCAGUUCAAAUAACACAAAGUGAUGUACAAUAGCAGAAUCAUAAAAAUAAUAGUUGAUAAUGAAAAUCAACUGAAUGAAAAUCAAUUUUAACACUGAAUGUGAACUGUUGUCAAGCGUUAGUCACAACAACAAGUGCUAGUCACCACAUCUUUACAAGUUUCUAACUCCCAAGAGUCCUUGGGCAAAGCCAUGGUACAAAAAGUUAUUUUAAAGCAGUGUUGUUUGUAGUGUAGAUGUACUUGUACCUGACGACGAGGCAAAGCAAGCAGCUGAGUCCCAUUUAAUGGGGACCAUGAGUGGGAGAGGGCCAUUGUGCUGCUGGCUUGCUUAAGGGCUUCCCACAAGCAUCUGAGAACAGGAUAACAGACUAAGUGGGCCUUUGGUCUGACCCUGCCAUGCUCAUAUGUUAUCCUGUUAACUGCUGGGGCUUGGUUUGUUUCAGGGAAACAACCUACGAUCUGUGGGGGCAGAGGCUCUGGGGAAACUGCUCAGGCAGAACAAGACAAUCCAGAGGUGAGCAGCUACAGGGAUUUGGGGGUACAUUUGCUCCUUUUGGACCUUUCUGGGGGUGCACUGUGUGCAUGUAUCACAUCAAGUUCUUCAAAAUCUGACCAGGAGCAGCUUCUCCUGCUGUUGCUCAGCGAAACUGAAAAGACUGGGUGCGUUCUUUCUUGUCUCUACAAAAUUAUUGAUUGUCACACAAUAUUACCUCAUAAAAUUGGUACUGAGUGCGAGGAAAAUUAAAGGCUCCUUGCUUGGUGUAUGGCCCAGUCUUAGCUGUGCUGUUACGUCUCUUGCCUAAUGUGGUCUCUCUGCCUUUCUUUUUGACUCUUCCCCGCUCCCAACUCCAGCCUCACUUUGGAAUGGAACAACUUGGGUGUGUGGGAAGAAAGCUUUGCCAUUUUCUGCGAGGGCCUUGGCGCCAAUGGUCACAUCCAGUACCUGGAUCUGCGCAAUAACCAGAUCAACCACCAGGGGGCAGGAGAGCUGUCCAUGGCGCUGAAAGCCAAUUCCAGUCUUCGGGAACUUGGUAAGACUCAGAUUUACUUCUCUGGGCCACGCUUUCAGAAUAAAAAUAUACUCAUGCCACACCAAAUCAAUCAGCAAUACAUUGGAAAACACAGCUAGGAUUGUCCUUGGUAUUACUUGAUGCUCUUGCUCUCAUUUUAAAAAGAUACAUAUCCAUAGUCUAGAAAUAAAAAUAUAUUAUGUUGACACUAUAUUAUACCACACUGAAAUGUUUAAAUCUUCCUUUGAUGGUCCUUGAAUCUUCCCUGCCCGGCUACAUCAGUGGGGGGUGCCACACCCUUUGAGAACCACUGCUCUAAGCAGUGAAGUAUCUUCCCCUUCUUGUCAGCCCAGUUCCUUUUUCAGGGAAGCGAUGACUGCUCUCCUGGCUUGAGCCUUGGACUCUGCUUACUUCUGAAGGUAUCUGCAGGGCAUUGCAUGGAUGUGUCCAACCCCUGUCUGCACAGUGACACACUUUCACCCUGGGAUCGUUUGACUCCUGCACUGCAGCCACCAGAUGCUACCGAGCAGCAUCCGCAGAAUUGGAGGUGGUCCUGAGGCAACUGGGCAUCUCACUUUGCAGAUUUUGAUACUCUGUUCAGAAAGAUAUAAAUUUGCCCAACCAAGCCAGGGCAAGGGAAGCUUAGAACUGUACAAGUGCAGACACAGCCUUAGUGGCCUGUUCUGUGCCUUUUGGCAUGAGGCCUUCAGCCAUUGAGCUUUAUUGGCUGCCUGGCUGGCACCUGAAGCAACGCAUGGCAAAAUACUUAAAACUCUACAUACACACGCAAACGCAAAGUCUCGCUAGCCUGCAAAGUAUCCUUACAUAAGCAUUUUCAAGUUGAGCCCUGUGCAUAAUUUGGUGCACACGUAAACCCAUAGUAAUUAAUGGGCUUAAGCACCUCUAAUUAUGCAUAGAAUUAUACUGCUCGUUUCACACACGUAUAAUAAAGUAUGGAUCUGUUCCUUUGCUAAACUUUGCAGCAGUUCAGCAAGCAUUUAUCUCCCUAGUGCAAAAAAAAGGACAUGAAGGGGAAUGCCACCAGAAAUUAGCCUCCCAGCCCUUUUCACUGGACCCUCGAUGAAUUACAGUUAUAGGUAACACCCCCCCAAGUGGCCUAGUUUCAGCUGCUGGUGUGUGAAAACUUGGGAAAGCGAGAGCUUGUGUUUAACUGGUGGUCAUGUGUGGUGCUUUUCUUCUUACUUAGAUCUGCGCUGGAAUAACAUUGGGCUCCUGGGGGGCCGUGCACUCCUGAAUUGCCUGCAUAGCAACCGGGCACUACGACAACUGGAAUUGGCCGGGAACAAUGUGCCCAGUGACAUCCUGAAGGCUGUGGGUGAGCAGCUGUGCCAACCCUUUACGUGCUUAGAGUUCUACAUUCAGCUGUUGCAGCGGGCUGCCCUGUACCCAACGGUCCUGUACAAGAGGUCAACAUCCAGCCUGAGACCAAAGAAGAUUUUCAGACAAGCUCACAGUUCUUUGAAGUUGACAGUACAUCCUGGGCUGGGAGGAAGGGCAGCACAUUUGCUGGGUUUUUUAAGUUUAUAUUAUGGGUGUCUCAGAGGUAACUGGUAGGCCCCUGUUGAAAACAGAGUGUUUGGUUUACUCCAGCAAUGCUCUUCGUAUGUUACACUCCCCAUUUUGAUGCCAAAUGCACAGGGAACAUACUAACAACAAUUGUUGGAUUUCACAUUUGUGACUCUGGGACAAAACUGACCUUAUUGGUCAUAGGAAGCUGUACGCCGGCUCCCUCAGCCAAUAAAGCGAGAUGAGCACCGCAACCCCAGAGUCGUCCACAACUGGACCUAAUGGUCAGGGGUCCCUUUACCUUUACCUAUAUGAUUGAUUGAUUGAUUGAUUGAUUGCAUUUAUAUCCCCUUCCCUUUUCUCCCAAGGAGCUCAAGGUGGCAACAGCCUUGUAAGGUAGAUUAGGUUGAGAGUUAGUGACUGGCCCAAGGUCACCCAUUGAGUUUCAUGACUGAGUAGAGACUAGAACCCCAGACUCCCAGGUCUGGGUCCAACGUUCUAUCGACUACACACCACUGGCUGCUCACCCUGAGCAGAAUAUUUGGUGAAAAGGUUCAUUUAUGCACUUUCUCUCUCUCCCCCUGGCCCAGAUCAAGCCAUGGAACACAACCAAGAACGUCAAAACAUCCUCUGCAAGAGUCGGAGCAUGACCCAAGUGCUCAGCAAAGAGGUGAUAAGCUUGAAGGAGAAGAACUCUAGACAGGUUUGUUAGCUUUGCUUGAUAGUUUUUUGGGGGUAUGUACUACGGAGCUGUCCUGUCUUCUUCAUCCAUGGAUUCAAUCAGGUUCUCUAUGGAGUGGAAGGGUUAAUUUGUAAUGGUGCUUGAUCUUGAGGGCAUUGCAUUUCUAACCUCACUUGGUGAUUCCUCCCAGGUUGCCAGAGGAAGUCGUUCUGAUCUACAGAACCCUCUCAACUUCAGAUGGCAAACUACUUUGAACAUACUAGAAAUUGAAGAAAGCCUCGACCAGUUUGUCUGGUCUGGUCUAGGGAGGAUUGUUACUGUAAAAUCAUCUUUCUGGAUCCCUGUGGCCUGGUAGAAUUGCUGAAGCCAAGAGAAAUGGGUAGUGCUGUGUGUAACUCUCAGCCUCCCAGAAAUAUCAUCUGCACUAGUCCAGCGAAGAAAACUUAAUUCCUUAAACUCCCUGAAAGUAAUCCAUUUGAUUGAAUGAAUCCUUGGUCUCCCUAUAUAUACCUGACAAGACACCUGUGGAUCUAACCUGUUGCUCUUCAGCAUCUUGGUGUUUACCUUCAGCUCUUGUGACUACAGUGAUAACGUUCCCACAACAAAGAAAGACUUGCGGUCUUGUGAAUAGAGCUUGAGGCUAGGACUGGGGAAACUCAGGUUCAAGCCAUAAAGCUAAUUGGAUGAGUUUAGGCCAUGCUACCUCUCAACUUAACCUGCUCCAGAGGAUUGUUGUGUAGUUAGAAUGCAGGGAGGAGGCAUUGUGCAUUUCCCAAAGCUCAUUAGUAGAAGGGUGGGAUUAAAAAUCUAUAGACAUGUUAACUGGAGGGCUGGGAAGAAAAGCUGUGGCCUGAGGCUAGAAAAGUUCGACUCUCCCAGUACUCUUGAGUACAUUGGCCUGCUUGCUGCUUGAAUUUAAAACUCAGGUUACUGAUUUUAUACAUAUGUGAUUUCCAGUACCUGGAUAUGAUGGACACCAUUGACAAGCAGCGAGAGGUGAUGAACCACAGCAGUAGGUGAGUGGAUUGUGAGCUGCAGAUUUUUUACCUCCUCAGCUGAGUCCAGACCUUGGUUCCUCAGUGUUGUUUUCAGGUGCUACUAAGGCAUUACACCAAUUAGAAAUGGUAGCAUGGAACAGGGAGCAUCUCAAAAAGAGGAUACUUCCACUGUGGAAGUUUAGGGAUAUUGCUAUUUUACUUCGCUUCACUUUGUAUGGUACAACCAUGACAUCUGUGCUGACCCUAAUAGGUCUUCUGGACUAGCAGUCAGAAUACUGUUAUUUAUUUAUUUUAAAGGGGUUUUUUUUUGCACCCGGCUUUCCUCAUAUAGUCAAAGGCAGCUUACAAAAAUAUCAAAACAGGUUAUUCAAAGUGCUGAACCCUUGUAAAGCAUUACCUGUCACAUAGGAACUAUCUACAAAGUAUGCUGUGGGUUUUUUAAAAAAAAAGAUUUCUAAGAAUCUUCCUUCGGCUUGUUACUGUUUGUCCCAUUUUAACCAGUACUUUUGUCACAACUUGGCUGCUCCCUUCCCUGCUCUUGCUACAAAGUUUAUUUUACAGAUAGUCCCAUACCUGGAUAUUGCCUCUCUUCUCCAUGCAGGGUAUCAGCGACACGAAUUGGGCAGUUGCAAGAGGCCCUGACGGAGCGACAUUCCGUGUUGAACUCGCUACAAGCAAAGUAAGGAGCAGCAACUCUUUGGGGACCCGCUGGGCAAGGGGGUUGGAAAAAGCAGGAUUUCAUUUCCACCCAGAUAUCUGGCUCAAGCGGAAUCUCAUUCUAAAGUUACAUCCACACCAUUCAAUUAAAGCCCUCUUAUACCACUUUAAUAGUCAUGGCUUCCUCCAAAGAAUCAUGGGAACUGUAGUUUGGGUUGCUGAGAGCUGUUAGGCAACUCCUCACAGAGCUACCGUUCCCAGUGCCCUUAACCAGUUCCCAGGAUUCUUUGGGGGAAGCCAUGACUGUUAAAAUGGUCUAAGAGAGUUUUAAAUGGAUGGUGUGACCCAUCUAAUACACCAUCUUGUUCUUGCUACUGGGACUCCCUACUGGAUCACAAUUUGAUCUAGACCAAGUCACACCAACCACACUACCACUAUGCAGAAAUACAGCUAAAAAUUAAGAGGUGGGUCCCCAAAUGCAUGUCUUGGCAGAAGGUGGUCCCAAGUCUCAAAAGGUGGAAAAUUACUGUCGUCGUGUACGCCUGGAGAAAUACAUUGGACUUGACCUGUGUUGCAUGAAUGCUGAAAUGGUUUUCCAGCAUCCAAAAUGGAUAUGCUGUCUCUUUAUUUAGUUAUCACAAUUAUUUACAUUCCACCAAGGUGGCUUACAGGUAAUAUUUCAAUUAGGUUAGUAUUUUUAUUGUAUUUCUAAAAUAUCUAUCAAAAACACAUCCUGAUCCUUCACACACAACGUUCACCCUGGGGUGGUGAGGAGAUAGUCAAGCAAGAAGAGGCCCUGUUUAUCAUAGAAUCAUAAAAUGAUAGAGUUGAUGUUGAUCUAAGUACAUAUUUCUCAGAGGCAUGGAGAGAAUGUGGCCUUCCAGUUGAUGUUGGGCACAAACUCCCAUCAGCCUCAGCUAGCCUGGCCAGUGGUGAGGGAUGAUGGGAGUUGUAGUCCAACAAAUAUUGGGAGGGCACCAAAUUCCUCAUCCCUGAAAACCCUGUGAAAGUCUGUUAUACUGGGUUAACUCCCCUUGAGAAUGUCUCCUCUACUCUGUGCGUGAGGUUUUGUGGCUGUAAAGGUCUUCAGGUUGAAAGUGAUUAUGCAGGACAAUUUGGCUCCUCCACCAUCUGAUUCUGGCCACAAGCACACGGGUGUUUGCUUUGCUGCAUGUCUCUAAUCUCACGUGACACUUCCUGCCUUGCAGACUCCAAAUGACGGAGGCCGCUUUGGCUUUGUCCGAGCAGAAGGUGUGCAACCUGGGAGAGCUGCUGAGUACGGCAAAGCAGGAGCAGGCGAGGCUGGUUGAGAGCCAGGCCAAAGAGUUGCAGCAACAGAAAAUGGUAGGCCGGGAUGAUCUGGGCAGACUGGGGCCAUCUGUGGCUGAGAAAGUGGCAGGUGGCCAGUGUGGUGUAGUGGUUAAGAGCGGUAGUCUCGUAAUCUGGUGAACCGGGUUCGCAUCUCCGCUCCUCCACAUACAGCUGCUGGGUGACCUUGGGCUAGUCACACUUCUCUGAAGUCUCUCAGCCCCACUCACCUCACAGAGUGUUUGUUGUGGGGGAGGAAGGGAAAGGAGAUUGUUAGCUGUUUUGAGACUCCUUAGGGUAGUGAGAAAGCGGGAUAUCAAAUCCAAACUCUUCUUCUUCAGCAUGGAAGAAGUGGGAAAGGUGCCCAGAGCUGAUGUGGUGGUAUGGGAAGCAGUGCUACAUAGGGGGUAUGUGAGGAGGAUGGAAGAAAAGUAGGGGAAGAAGAACUGAUAGUUGCCACUGCCUGCCUUUGUAGGCAUCUGCUAAUCGAGAGGCAACACUUCAGCGAGAACUUUCAGCAGCCCAUGAGAAAAACCUCCUGCUCAAGAAUCAGGUAAGAGAAUGGCUUGAGUAUCUGCAAUGGGUAGCUUACCUGAGUCACACACACAGACACACACCCCAGGAACUCCUGACAGCCCAUCUUCUCCUUUUCCUGCCACCAGGCUCCUGCCUCUCACCCUUGUCCCAGCAGUCCAGGGUGCAGAGACUGGGCUUGCCUGGGUAUCAUGAGAGUGGCUUCCUUCUAGGUGAGCGACCUGGAAAGAAGGUGCAAAGCACAGCAGGAGCAGCUCUUCCAGGUGAAGGAGGACCUGACCCACACAACUGCAGAAAUGAGGCUGCGGGCUGUACAGGCUGAAGGUGAGCAGGAUUUGGGGAGUCUGGAGCUGUUGAAUGUAAGAUGCAGUCUGGAUUCCACAGAAGAGGUGAAUCGGUGAAGGAUCAAGCAGCUGGCACCUCAUUGUAGUUCUCCCCGCUUAUCCUCAGAGCGUUUGGACAUGGAGAAGAAGAGGUUCAAGCAGGUCCUGGAAGAUGCAGAGUCCCUUCGGCUGAAGGAGGUGAGGUUGAGGGCGGCCAAGUCCCUCAGCAGCGUCCCUGGGGAGAGGGGGGGCAUGAUAAGAAGACAAACACAGAUCCCUUCUCAAGGAGGCAGAGCUGACUCAAGCUAACUUUCUGUCUCGGGUGAAAAUUUAAUUCCUUCAUUUAGCAUCUUGCUGCAUAGGAUGUAGGGUCGCAGAGUUUUCCUACAGGAGGUUUCAGUCCCUUUCCCAUUUCACAUGACUGAAUGAAGAGAAAAGGAAGGGGGUGCCCCCAGGGCGAAGUGGAGGAUGGAAAGGCCUUUUGUUCUCUUUUGGGGGGAAUUCCCCGAUUGCAAUCUCCAUUUCCCUCUUCUCCAUACAAAGGACUGGAUGCUUCCACAAUGGUUCCCACAUUUCAGAUCUUACUUCCCAAGCGUCUGGGGCAGGGGAAAUACAUUUCCCCUUGAGGGAUCUCCCAAUUAGCCUGUAUGGCUUGCUGCGUUAGACUGACUCUAAGCAGAAGCUCCAUAGUCUGAAUCAGUCCUCAUUUCUUAUCAGAAGGUCAGUUCAUUCAUGUAUCUAUAUUGAAAGGAAGGCUUUGCUCCCAAACCAUUUGGGAUGGAGUGGAGCCCAACAUCCCUUUCUGAGCUGAGAAUGAGAAGGUCCCCAUUUGCUGAAGGGGUUACACUAGAUGGUGCUCAGAUGCUGUUAUGUACCCCCUUCCUUUGUGCCAUUCAUAAUGCAGGUAGAUCACCUGAGCCAUCACAUGGAGGCAAGUGAGCGGUCCCUGCAGGAGCGCAUCCAGAGACUGGAAGCCAUCCGCAUAGGGCUUGAGGAGGUGAGUGGAGCGGCAGCAGAUCCGCCACAGGGUACGAAGUCCCAGCCAUAAGCUGCUUACUGCCAUAGCCAACCUUUGCGUGAAAAACAUACCCAGUCCCUAUCCUCUGUGGUUUUUCGACCUCCUCUAGGAUCUUGGAUCCAAAUGCAACCUGUUGGAUGAGAACACUCAGGAAGGCCGAAGUGACGUCGAGAUUCUUAACAACCCAAAGUUGUCACGUAAUGCCCUUUUUUUGCUUUUGUAACUAGGAAUUGAGCCGAGUGAAAGCUGCUGCCCUUGUAGAGCGAGGCCAGAUUGAGGAAGAGAUCAUCAAAGCCAAGAACCAAGCCAGGUUGGAAGAGGUGAGCGCAGCUGGGUGCUGAGGGUGGAGCUACAUGUUAUAAGAAACAAUGGGGGUGGUUGCAGAAGCUGCAACAGCAGCAAACCACUUGACUUGUCCCCAUUCCAUCCAUAAUGUGUUGUACCGCCUACAUCAUAUCACAUCACUGUGUUUCAACAGCCACAUGAGUGGCACCCAGUGAUGUGGAAACAGGGCCGGGAAACUCUCCAUGUCAUAGCAUCAGGGUGUGAAACCACUUUGAGAGAGGGGGGAUAACCAUUUUCCAUGGCAGCUUCAUGUUUUCUUGCCUCUGCAGAACAGCAAAAUAUAUGUUGCAGAACUGCACACUUGGAAGCAAAUUCAACAUCGCAUUGUAUUGCUACUUCCAAAAACUGCAGGUGGCAAGCACAGUCUUAGAAAUAGGAAUUCCCCUUUCUCAAACACACACACACGGCUAACGUGAGCCCACAAUCUAUGCUUUUUGCUUCACAACUAUGGCUUUUUCAAAGUUGUGUGCAAUUUCAGUCGAAUAACUAAAGGAUUAAAAUUUGGACCAAUAAUGGGUGGAGGUUUUCCUUAACUGGAAGACGACCCUAAUUAGUGCAUGCCGGUGUUAUAUAUAUAAUUUCAAGCAGUUGCUUUCCCACCCCCUCUUCUCCCACCCCCUUUUGGGCUUUGCAGCAACAGCGACAGGAGCACCUGGAGGAGAAGCUGCGGCUGAUGAUGCAGUCCCGCGACGAGGCUCAGAAUUACUGCCUGCAGCAGAAGCAAGCAGUGGCUGAGGCCCAGUCUAGGGAGGGCCACCUGAGCCUACAAGUGGAAGGGCUCAAGAGGCGAGUGGAAGAACUUCAGCAGGUGAAUGGAGAGUGUGGUUUGGAGGCCAUGGUGACUGAGUGGUAUAUACCGUAUUUUUCGCUCUAUAGGACGCAUUUUUUCCCUAUCCAAAAAUGAAGGGGAAAUGUGUGUGCGUCCUAUGGAGCAAUGCAGGCUUUCGCUGAAGCCUGGAGAGCGAGAGGGGCAGCUAUCCGCAAGCCUUCGGAGCGCGGCGGGAGUUCCCGCCGGGCUCCGAAGGCUUGCGGAUAGCAGCCUGCAGCCCGAAGCUCGGGGAGCACAGCGCUGUGCACCCCAGGCUUUGGGCAGCUAUCCGCAAGCCUUCGGAGCGCUCCCCCAGCCUGUAAGCUCCGGGAGCGGCGGCAAGGCUGCGCAACCUUGCCUCCGCUCCCAGACCUGUUCUGGGGGCUGGGGUUGGGAAGCUCGGGCUUCCCCCGACCCAGCCCCACGGCUAAAAACGAAGCCGCACACAGCCUCUCCCGGCUGGAGAGGUUGUGCGUAGCUAAAGAGGAAGCCAAGACAGCCAGCGGAAUGGAUCCCGCUGGCUGUCUUGGCUUCUUUGCUCUUUGGGGCUGGGGGGGGGAAUAAUUUUUUUUUCUUUAUUUCCCCCCUACAAACUAACUGCGCCCUAUGGUCUGGUGCACCCUAUGGAGCGAAAAAUACGGUAAAUUGCCUAAGCAGCAAUAAUAAUAAUAAUAAUAAUAAUAAUAAUAAUAAUAAUAAUAUUAAAAUAAAGUGGAGAAAACGGGUAGGGCAUCCUUCACUGCCAGAAAACCUAAGAUUAAAUUUUCAAACGCAUGCAAUUUCUACUGACUGAAGUAUUGAAUUGGUGUAGAAUUGGGUGUCUGUAAGACAUGGUAGAUUACCUCGGGUUACAUACGCUUCAGGUUACAGACACUUCAGGUUACAGACUCCGCUAACCCAGAAAUAGUACCUCAGAUUAAGAACUUUGCUUCAGGAUGAGAACAGAAAUUGUGCAGCAGCGAUGCGGUGGCAGUGGGAGGCCCCAUUAGCUAAAGUGGUGCUUCAGGUUAAGAACAGUUUGAGGUUAAGAACAGACCUUUGGAACCAAUUAAGUACUUAACCUGAGGUACCACUGUACAGGGAAGGGAUGGGAUGGGCAUCUCCUCUGAGCUUUUAAAAUGGUUCAUACUUAGCCUGCAGCCCUCUUGACUUGCUUUGUCGCCUGUAUUUUGGAUGGCAGGAGUUGAGCAGCAAGGAACAGGAGAAGGUAACUGAGAUCAACAAAGUGCGAGUAGGGCUGCAGGAGCAGAUAGGACACCUUGAGGCCGAGAGGACGGCACAGGAAGGGCUGCGGGAGAAGAUUGCAGCCCUGGAGCGACAGCUGAAAGGUAGGGAAUGGUGUGUCUCUGCUUCCCCGGAAGCUGCAAGAAACAGGAUGGUAUGCCAUGCCUGUGAGACCAAGCUGAUCUAUUUCUAACUCCAGCAAGUACUCUUAUUGCAUCCUUUGAUGCCUUGGAGCUGGGUCUGACAAAUGGGACCUUUUGCAUCCUGCUUCCCUCUUGCUGGCAGAUUUGGGACUGAAGGAGGCGGAGAUGGCUGACAUAGAGUCCCAGCAAAGGAGGAGGAAAUGAGAGGGCUGUCUGGAAUCCAUGUGGCAGCCUCUCUCAAACUGAGAGGAACACAUAAAGAGAAAUAGAAGCGUUUGAUGCAGGGCAGGAGUAGAAGAUUAAGUGGCUCGUACAUGAGCAAGAGGUGUAAAGGUGGGACCUUUGCAGUCUACCAGCUGGGGACAAAGUCACAUCCAGCCCACGGGAUUGAGAAGAUGGGGGCGCCCCCUCUUAUUUCUGCCUCCCAGGUACCCCAGAUGCCAACUCCCCAAACAGCAGUGCAAUUGUAGCUCUUGUUCAGUAGCAUCUUUGGAGCUGGGGGAGUGACUUGUCACAGGUUUGCCCAUUUUGUCAUUCUAGGAGGUUUACAUUCAAAGAAGAAACCUAGAUUUCUCCACCAGCAGAGAUUGUAUGGGCAAUGGGGGCUUUCUGCCACUCCUGUGUAAAGCUUAGCCCAGCCCCAAGAGCAUUUCCAGAAUCCUGAGGACCACAGAGGUCUUGGUGUGCUGAUGCUUUGUUCCUCUUUAUGUAGUUCUGUCCAGCAACCACCGGGAGGCGCUACUGGACAAAGAGGGUGAAGUCUCAAGCCUACUGGAGAAGCUGCGGGUUCGUGAGGCAGAGAUCUCCAGGAUGAGGGAGGAGGAAGCCCAGCGAGUCAGCUUUCUUCAGAACGCCAUCAUGUCUUACGUGCAGGGCUCCCCGCGAAGCACUCAGAGCCCCAAGAAGUGAGCAUGAGGAUCCUGGCUUCAAGGAAGGGAGUCUCAAUUAUUACUGUGGACAGGUUGUGGAGUAUCAUGGAGUCCAUCUUCCUUAUGUCGCUAGGAGAUCCUGCAAGAGAGACUGCAUUGCGUCAGCUUACCUGAGGCUGGGCCUGAGGUAUCAUUGGAGUGUUUGCCGUUGCCUUAGGAACUAUUUUAACAGUCUGCACCAAAGCCAAGUCUUGUUUUUAAACCUGCAAACUGUGAGGAAGUCUCCAAGGCAAAGCCAUCCAUUCCAGUUUGUGAGACCACAGAGAGGUCUGGUCGCACGGGCAGGAAAUACAAUGUCUUCUUACAUGACAGGCAUUAGCCUCAGCCUUUGGUCUGAUGCACGUUACCUCAGUGGCAUGACCUGAAGCAAAAGCCCCCUCCCAGCCGCAAUGUGGCCAACUGUCCUACUGUAUCAGGAACAAGUGAAAGCACCCAUUUCUCAGAUACCCCAGAUCAUGUAGGCAUUUCCCACGCCAGACUUUCACCUGCACAGGGACUACUGAUGCAGACAUGGGGGAAAUUCUAUUCCAUGGAGAAGGUUAGGACAGGAAUUGCUUUGUAUAGCCUGGUCUACAUCCAUCAGCUCCUUCCACAGAGCGUAUACUUUGCCUUCCAUGCUUGGGAGGAGCCCUCUUGUUGCAGCUUUCGAAAGUGAUCAUUACAGUGAGCGAACCUCUAGCUGCCGGUGCAUUAUUUCCUUGGCCUGAAAGUGGUACAGGCUUGAGUGGCCUAAUGGGGCAAGGAUGGGGCAAAUUUGCUGUGUUCCUUUCAUGGGAGUGGCAAGCUUGGUGUUCAUUUAUAAUUCCAGCUUUAAAGGCAGGAUAAGAAUGAAAUGUUUCUACUUUUGCUCCAGUUCAAGGGCCGGUUUGUGCACAGACCAGUGUUCAUUUUAUGUGUCUUUUCACAUAUAACUAUGACGCUGUUGUUUAUGUAUAAUUUGACAAUGGCCUGGUUCACAAGAUGUGCUAAGCCAAACCUUAGCUUAGCGAGACCAUGCAGUCUCCCCAGGGAAAAGCUUUCAGCUGCUUUACUUCUCCCUUGUCCUUUAUGUUGCCAAACUGCACUGAGCUCAGCUAAUGUUUGGUUUAGCAUGCCAUCUGAACUGUGGUUAGUGAUGAGACUACUUGACCACAAGCCCCGGUUCAGAUGACACAUCUUGGCUUAGCUCAGCACAGCAGCUAAAAGCACCAGGGAGGAAUACAGCAACUGUGAGCUCCUCUCCAAGAGCUACACACUCUUGCCAUCUCUCACUAUGCAAAGGUUUGGCUUCCUGUGCCAUGCAGACAAGACCCAUGUAUGUCUACCCACCCUUCAUACAUGCUACAAAAAUGAAGUAGCUCAUUUAUAUACUAUUAUGAACCACCCUGUGAUCUUCAGGUGAAGGAUGGUAUACAAAUUUUAAUAAUAAUAAUAAUAAUAAUAAUAAUAAUAAUAGUGCUCCAGUGGGUUUGGAGGAGGAGGCAAAAUCCCCCUCCUAUAGUCUGGAAUGUUCACCAAACUUCACAGUAGGGUGUGUGUGUUUGCAGCUUCCAAUAAUACAAAUUAUGUGCGGAAAUGAUUUUGUUUAUUUUCAGAUUGUUGCCACCAUUUAUAUGGAGAAGCAAUACCACUCAUUUCUUACACUUUCCAUUUCCCCAAAACUGGCAGAAAUCCAAAACUGCUUUCUAAAGGAAAUAGUUUAUCUCUUCUCUUCCAAGCCCCUGUUAAAAUACGAAACGCAUUGUAUGAAGUUGGCCUGAACUUAAAGCUUGUUAACGCAGGGUCUUCUAAGAGGUGAAGACAGGCCUGCUUAGUUUUUCUUGGCUUAUUAGCCAACGGCAGGUGGCUUCCUUGUGGCAGAUGUACUCUAUGAGGAUAUAAUUGUAAAGUUUUGUACAUCUUCAGUAGCUUUUCAAGUUUCUUACCGUUUUAGGGAUGAUCUAUUGGUGGUGGGUUUAAUAGUGCUUGAGAACUGCAUGUGCUCAAGUAUCUGCCCCUUUUUCUGCCUUCACUAACACGGUGUCCUCCUGCUUAUACGAAAAACAACAUGGCUGGCGACAGAAAGGACACAGCUCAGCUAGAGAAGAGUGUUUGCAAAGGCAGCGGGGUGAGAAAAAGGACAAAGCUACCCUAGUUUAUUCUUGCUCUUUCAAAGCUUUGUUUAUGUGGUUUGGGAGGAAACCUGAGUGCUGUUUGCUCAUGUCUGUCUGGAGUAAUCAGUGCCCUGCAACCCUCUGCCCAGUGGCAAGGACAUCCCCUCCCCCAUGCACACAUCAACAGUGCCCCAGGCGUCAGGUUUUAUGGAGGCAGACUCUUAAAAAAAAUAAAAUCCUUGCAUGGGUGUUUAAUGGGAUCUGACUGAUUCUGUGGGAAAGCAGAAAUUUGUUCCCUCUUAGGCUUGUCCUGCAUUUUGGGGAGCUAAUCAAAAGGGGCAGCAAAUCAGCAACCAUCUUCAGCUAUUUUACUAAAUCUCAGUGCCAAUUUGAGGUUUCCGUAAUGUGCGGGUGGCAAUUGAUGAGUAGUCAUAUAUGACACUAAAAGUGACUUUGAGCCCCG